CCGCGGCACGGCCUAGCGAGUGGUUUUUCUGCGCUACUCCUGCGCUACUCGGCGACCCGAGUGCCUCGGCCACCAUGCCGCGCUCUUUCCUCGUCAGGAAGCCCUCCGACCCCAAUCGGAAGCCUAACUACAGCAAGCUGCAGGACUCUAAUCCAGAGUUUACCUUCCAGCAGCCCUACGACCAGGCCCACCUGCUGGCAGCCAUCCCACCUCCGGAGAUCCUCAACCCCACCGCCUCGCUGCCAAUGCUCAUCUGGGACUCUGUCCUGGCGCCCCAGGCCCAGCCAAUUGCCUGGGCCUCCCUUCGGCCCCAGGAGAGUCCCAGGGCGGCAGAGCUGACCUCCCUGUCAGAUGAGGACAGUGGGAAAGGCUCCCAGCCCCCCAGCCCACCCUCCCCGGCUCCUUCGUCCUUCUCUUCUACUUCAGCCUCUUCCUUGGAGGCCGAGGCCUAUGCUGCCUUCCCAGGCUUGGGCCAAGUGCCCAAGCAGCUGGCCCAGCUCUCUGAGGCCAAGGAUCUCCAGUCUCGAAAGGCCUUCAACUGCAAAUACUGCAACAAGGAAUACCUCAGCCUGGGUGCCCUCAAGAUGCACAUCCGAAGCCACACGCUGCCCUGCGUCUGCGGAACCUGCGGGAAGGCCUUCUCUAGGCCCUGGUUGCUACAAGGCCAUGUCCGGACCCACACUGGCGAGAAGCCCUUCUCCUGUCCCCACUGCAGCCGUGCCUUCGCUGACCGCUCCAACCUGCGGGCCCACCUCCAGACCCACUCGGAUGUCAAGAAGUACCAGUGCCAGGCGUGUGCUCGGACCUUCUCCCGAAUGUCCUUGCUCCACAAGCACCAAGAGUCCGGCUGCUCAGGAUGUCCCCGCUGACCCUUGAGGCUCCCUCUUCCUCUCCAUACCUGCCCCCUGCCUGACAGCCUUCCCCAGCUCCAGCAGGAAGGACCCCACAUCCUUCUCACUGCCAUGGAAUUCCCUCCUGAGUGCCCCACUUCUGGCUGCAUCAGCCCCACAGGACUUUGAUGAAGACCAUUUUCUGGUUCUGUGUCCUCUCCCUGGGCUCUGGAAGAGGCCUUCCCGAGGCCAUUUCUGUGGAGGGAGGGCAGCUGGCCCCCAGCGCCGGGGGAUUCCUGAGCUGGCCUGUCUGCGUGGGUUUUUGUAUCCAGAGCUGUUUGGAUACAGCUGCUUUGAGCUACAGGACAAAGGCUGACAGACUCAUUGGGAAGCUCCCACCCCACUCAGGGGACCCCACUCCCCUCACACACACCCCUCCACAAGGAACCCUCAGGCCACUCUCCACGAGGUGUGACUAACUAUGCAAUAAUCCACCCCCAGGUGCAGCCCCUGGGCCUGCGGAGGCGGUGGUAGACUAGAGUCUGAGAUGCCCCGAGCACAGGCAGCUAUUUCAGCCUCCCGUUUGGCGGGGUGGCACCUGUUUCCCGGGUAAUUUAACAAUGUCUGAAAAGGGACUGUGAGUAAUGGCUGUCACUUGUCGGGGGCCCAAGUGGGGUGCUCUGGUCUGACCGAUGUGUCUCCCAGAACUAUUUUGGGGGCCCGACAGGUGGGCCUGGGAGGAAGAUGUUUACAUUUUUAAAGGUACACUGGUAUUUAUAUUUCAAACAUUUUGUAUCAAGGAAACGUUUUGUAUAGUUAUAUGUACAGUUUAUUGAUAUUCAAUAAAGCAGUUAAUUUAUAUAUUAAAAA